AUGAUCCCAUCUAUACUAGCCUUCGUCUCAUUGGUUGCUCUAGCAUAUUGCGCGCCACAAAAGAGAGCGGGUGGCGGGACCCCUCGAGUCACCAUCAAAGCCCCUCAAGCAAACCUCAAAGGCAGCACCAAAGGUUUCCUCGGAGCCAAGGCCGGCGAGGUCGAAUCCUUUAUGGGAAUCCCAUUUGCAAAGCCUCCUGUUGGAGAGUUGAGAUUCAAGCCUCCUGUUCGUAUAACAGAAGCCAUGGGAGAAGUCGACGCUACUACAGAGGAGCCACCAGCAUGCCCACAGUUUUACCUAGGUACCGAUUUUGGCUCGCCUCUUAUCCCUCCAGGACUUCUUGACCAGGUGCUCAACCUACCCAUCCUUAAAAGUUUGGCCGUUGGACAAGAGGAUUGCCUCACAGUUAACGUUCAGCGACCAGCCGGAACGAAAGAAGGGGACAAACUUCCAGUGAUGUAUUGGAUCUUUGGUGGAGGGUUCGAGUUAGGAAGCACGUCGAUGUACAACGGAGCUGGCAUCGUGGCUGAAAGCAUGUCGACAGGCAAACCCGUCAUAUUUGUGGCUGUCAACUACCGCGUGGGAGCGUGGGGGUUUAUGCCGGGUAAGGACCUCAUGGAAGAAGGUAGCUCUAACGCCGGUCUGCUCGAUCAACGGAUGGGACUCGAAUGGGUCCAAGACAACAUUGCUAGCUUUGGAGGUGAUCCUGACAAAGUUACCCUUUGGGGAGAAUCUGCCGGAGCCAUUUCGAUAUUCAGCCAGUACAUUCUAUUCGAUGGCAACGUCACCCGGAACGGGAAGAACCUCUUCCGCGGCGCCAUCAUGAAUUCCGGAUCUGCCGUUCCUACUGACCCCAUGGAUUGCCCUAAAGGUACCAAAGUUUACGAGCAGGUACUGUCUGCUGCAGGCUGUAAAGGGGCGAAGGAUCAGUUGAAGUGUCUCCGCGACCUCCCCUUUGAUGCCAUGCGAAAAGCUGCGAACUCGGUGCCGGGUUUGUUAAGUUACAGUUCUGUCGCCUUGUCAUACCUUCCGCGACCAGACGGCAAAACCAUCACUGCAAGCCCCGAAGUAGUCGCGACAUCGGGCAAAUUGCCCAAAAUACCGUUUAUUCUCGGGGAUCAAGAAGAUGAAGGUACUCUUUUCGCCCUCUUCCAACCAAACAUUACCACCACUCAAAAAGUUGAAGAGUACCUCUCGACACUCUAUUUUAACAACGCUUCACCCCAACAAAUCAAAGAGCUGGUAGGAACAUAUGACCCGCUACCAUCUGAAGGAUCGCCGUUCAGAACCGCUAUCUUCAAUGAAGUACGUCCCCAGUUCAAGCGUCUUGCUGCCAUCCUAGGUGAUGCAGUCUUCACUCUCACGCGUCGGGCAGUAUUCAACGUUUCUCAGGCAGUUCAGCCAGAGGUCAACAAUUGGAGCUAUUUAGCCAGCUACGACUACGGCACCCCAGUCCUGGGCACUUUCCAUGGGUCCGACCUCCUCCAAGUCUUUUACGGAAUUAAGCCGAACUACGCCGCAGCUGCGACGCGAGCGUACUACUUCAACUUCGCUUAUAACCUCGAUCCGAAUGACUCCUCUGGAGGCACAGGCACUUCCAAGGUGAAAUUGAUCAACUGGCCAAAAUGGAAAGACGGCAACAAGCUGCUCCAUAUGAUGGCUGACGAGGCUGAACUCAUAAACGACGAUUUCCGUCAAGACAGUUUCAACUUUUUGUUGAAUAACAUCGAAAAGUUGCGUUUCUGA